GUUCACAUUGUAGGCUAGACGCGUUGGUCAAGUUUCUGUUGCCGUCUAAAGGCGACUCAGCAAGAAGAGAUUUCAUUUCGAGCGUAACCUGUGAGAUCGAAGAGAGGAGAAGAUGGCGUUGGAGAAGUCGCCGGAAGUCGGCGAUAAUCCGGAAGUGAGCUUGGAGGAGAUCACCGAGCUCCGACUGGGGCUGCCGGGCGAGGCCAGGGGGAAAUCGGGCGCGAAGCGGGGGUUUUCCGAGACCGUCGAUCUCGAUCUCGGUGCACCAGCCGUCGGUCUCAACGAAGCCAAGAAUUCUUCCGUGGGCGGUGUACAGAUGAAGGAUGGAGUUUCCGGCGGUGCAGCUAAACCUCCCGCAGCCAAGACGCAAGCUGUGGGGUGGCCGCCGGUGAAAGCAUUCAGGAAGAGCGUGAUGAAGAGUUGCAAGUAUGUGAAGGUGGCCGUGGAUGGAGCCCCGUAUUUGAGAAAAGUGGAUCUGGAGGCGUACGACAGUUACCAGCAGCUUUUGGCUGCUCUUGAGAAGCUCUUCUCUUGCUUCUCCAUCUGCAAUUAUGCAAGCGAGAGGAAGAUCACUGACCCAGCAAACGGUGUUGAAUAUCUGCCUACUUAUGAGGACAAAGAUGGUGACUGGAUGCUGGUUGGGGACGUGCCUUGGAAAAUGUUUGUCGAAUCUUGCAAGCGACUGCGGUUCAUGAAGAGCUCCGAAGCCACCGGUUUAGGUCCAAGGACACAGUCUUUGUGCACAAGUUCAAGUUGAAAAAAGAACAGCAAGCUUCCCAAGAGAGAGAGAGAGAGCAUUCUGGGAUUAUAUGUUUGAUGUACAAAGGGUUUUAGAUCUCAGCUCCUAGGUUUAGGAUUAUGCCACAGUUUUUGUAUUUGGAGGGUUUCGAUGACACGAAAAUACACAGAAAAUAAGAGGGUUUCGAUCUCUCUAUCAUUUAUCA